AUGGCAGAAAGUGGAUUAAAGCCAGCAAAAUCUUAUCGUCUAAUGUCUCAUGAAGCUGGUGGUGACAACGUGUUAGCACACACAAUGAAAGAUCACUUCAACUAUAUAACAAGGAAGAAAAUGGAAGAAAUUGAAGGAGGUGAUGCACAGACAGUAAUAGACAGGCUAUACCAAAGACAAGAAAAUGAACCUGGGUUCUUUUACAGAUUCAAAGUAGGCGGUGGAGAUAAUUCAAGCAAACUUACAGAAAUUUUUUGGAGGGACUCACAAAUGAGAGAAGACUAUAGCAUUUAUGGAGAUGUAGUUGUUUUUGAUACCACUUAUAGAACGAACAAAUAUAACUUGAUUUGUGCUCCAAUAGUUGGUAUCAACAAUCAUUGGUUGAAUGUAAUGUUCGAAUGUGCAUUUAUUGCUGAUGAAACAGCUGAUACAUUUGAGUGGUUGCUGCAAACUUUUAAGAAAUCUAUGGGUGGUACAACAUAUUUCUAUAUUUACAGACCAAGACCUGGCAAUGUAUUCCCUGAAUCAAGACAUAGGCUUUGCAUUUGGCACUUGAUUAAGAAUGCAGUGUCAAGGUUUGGAGCCCUAAAAAGAGACACAACUUUCAAGAAUGCAUUCAACAAGUGUUUAUCUGGUUGUGUAACAAUAGAAGAGUUUGAAACUUGCUGGGAAAAUAUGAUUAAAACAUACAAGCUUGAGAAAAAUAGUUGGUUCAAAAGACUCUACAACCUAAGGGAGAAAUGGUGCACAACUCUAAGCAAAGACUUCUUUUCAGCUGGUAUACUCUCUUCUCAAAGAAGUGAGAGUACCAAUAAUGCUGUAGGUUUUAAAGCCACAAAAAACACAAGCUUGACAGAUUUUUUCAAGAUAUUCAACCAGACAAUAAAAAGAUGGAGGCAAAAUGAAUCUGAUGCAGAUUUCAAAUGCUCAAACUCUCAUGCAACAGAAGUUUAUACACAAACAAUUUUCAGAGAUUUUGAAACAGAAUUUGCAUACUCAAUUGGGUGCAUAACACUUCUUCAUUUGGAAGCUCAAGGUUACUUCUUUUAUGAAGUGCAGAUAGAGAAUGAUGAAGCAUCAAAACAGAAAGUUACAUACAACUCAGCAGACAACAGUGUAGCAUGUUCUUGCAAAAUUUUUGAGGAAGUGGGGUGGUUAUGUUAUCAUGCUAUACGUGUACUACAUCAACAUUCUGUAACCAGAAUACCAGAACAGUAUAUUACAACAAGGUGGACAAAGUUUGCAAAAACACAUUUAUGGAAACAAAGAGAUAAACAGCAGAAGCAAAUGCAAGAGUACUAG